AUGGCCUUGUGCGGUCAUUGCCGUGCCAUUGACUUUUCCGCUUUGCCGGCACACCCAAGAUGGGAUCAAUUCUAUCGAGCCUUCGACAAUAGUCAGAUGAACGUGCUCAAGAUCAAACAGGAAGACAGGGAGACUAAACUCGACAACGAGCUCGGGGUUUUCUGGCAGGAUAGCCUCGAUUCAUUGGCAGAGUCCGCUGCACUAAACUGCUCUCUGUGCACUGUCGUCCAGACCGCCGUUGAAAAUUGGAACGAUCGACGCUCGGCUGGAAAAAACAGAAAAUCCCUCCAUAAGGCACUUGGCUCACAAUACGAUUUUGCUUUGCCAAACAAGAGAUUUGACGACACAACGCUACUGCUAGGAAGCGUUACUUUUACAGCUGAUGAAGCCAGUCUUUUGGCAAGAGAACUUCACUCGAGGCCAUUUUGUGAGGAUUCUGGGUCACCUAGAGCCCUCCGUGUUGUGAGCUCGUGGCUCAAAAGUUGCCAGGACAACCACGAGAAGUGCUAUCAUGGUCAUACAACUCUACCCUCACGUGUACUCGCUGUUGGCUGCAUUGGUGACGGCAGCAUCAAGCCCAUCGAUCCUGAUGCGGGCACUGUGGGAAAGUAUGCAUCUUUAUCGCACUGCUGGGGUAAAGUACCAAUGUUGACCACAACUCAAACCUCGCGUUACGCACAUAUGUCUGGUAUAUUCGUUACAGACCUGCCCAAGACUUUUCGAGACGCGGUCGCGGUAUCAAGAUAUCUUGGUAUCCCAUUUCUUUGGAUAGACAGUCUCUGUAUCAUUCAGGAUAACCCUGAAGACUGGGCGCGUGAGUCGUCUCGAACGAUGGAGGUGUACUCCAAUGCACACGUGGUAAUUGCGGCGAACCAUGCUAGAGACUCGGCUGGGGGUUGUUUCCACGUUCGUCCGUCGCGUAUCAGUGACAGCUUGAGAAUACCAGGUAUUGGACUCGUUCACAUGCAACUUGGUGCGAAUAGCGAUGAGUUUCUGUAUCACAAUUCGGUGUUUUCCAACGAGCCCCUUGCGAAGCGUGCGUGGGCACUGCAGGGGCGUUUCUUGGCUGCGCGUAUGAUUCACUACAACACGGAGCAAAUGCAUUUCGAAUAUCGACACGGCAUAGUAGACGAGGAUAGGUGUAAGUCAAACAGGCGUUACUGCGGCUUGAGCUAUGGUAUGUAUUAUCGGUGUUUCGCUUGCAAAGCUCUCCAGAUUUGGUCUUCUAUAGUCUGGAACUACGGUGAACGGUAUUUGACGAAACCUACAGAUAGGUUCCCGGCUAUGAGUGGCAUCGCCGGUACCUUAGGCUGUCUGCUUAAGAUGAGGACGUGGAUGGUACAAGGAAUGGCUUGGCAGGGAUCUUAA